AUGCUGAACUUACAACAACCUGAGCCGGUAAAAGUUCAUAAAGAAGAAAAGAAAGAAUUCCCCAAGUCGAUUCCACCUCACAUUGGUAUUGGCGCUCCCGAGGACACUCUGCAAUCCUGCUACGGCCUCAUCCCGAAGCCCCCACACAAGGACAUCAUCAAAUACAACCUCAACGCUAAUAAGUAUCUUCGUUACCUUUGUGAGUUGGACUGGGUACAUCCAGAAGACGAUGGCAGGAAGUUUGUGAUGUCGUACAGCCUCGCCGAUGGUUCUAUCAAGAUUGGUGAGAUUCCUAGAAGGAACUCUGGAAUUCGAGAGGGAAAGUUCUUACAAGCUAUGAAGCUGGAGACUCCCGAAUCAGACCAUAACUUCCCAACGUACUUUACUCCUGAAAGAUUCUAUAUAGGAGCCAUAAUACCGGUAUUCAAGCACCGUUUCCGUAUAAUCGGGUGCGAUCUAUUCGUGUAUCGAUACAUGACAGCCAAUCCAGAGAAGUUCCCGCAAGAAGUUAUAGACAACGUGCGCAACUACCACUUGCGCGAGGGCAACUUGAAGGAUGAACUUACGACUGCGUUCCGCGAGGAGCAAUCGGCAGAAACUCGUGCGCAACUUGCGAAGAUUGGCUCAGCGGCCGUUGCGGAACCGAGCGCAAUGGAGCGUUGUCUGGCCGCGCUCGACGUGGUGGAGGGCAGUACCAGCCCACCGCGACCUCCAACUCCUCCCAUGACAACUGACCGCAUCUCUUACGACGAAUCGUUGCGAGUAACACGACAGAGCAAACCGACGUGCGAAAACAUUACGCCUCUCAAAGGCAUUCUGAAGUCUGGAGCAGCUCGAGACGAUCACCAAAAGGUGGUGUGCUUCAGUGGCCCCUCUGCAGACGAACACAGGGAGGCUAGGUUGCAGAAACCGACUUACCCGCCAGGGCAGCAGCCUCAUUAUAACGAGGACGAAGACUUCUGUGACCAAUUUAAGGAUCCGGAUGCAGCGGAGCGCGCAGAACGUCGUGCUCACGAGGUGUGUCCGUAUGAGAUCGUGCCUAGCUCGCAGAUCUCGAAUGCCAUCGGAGAUGACAAAGUGGAGAAGCCACAACUGCCUGGAUACCUCGGCACUUAUGGCGUCGACUGCAAGCAGGUACCCGAAUACAUGAAGCUCGCUCCGGAUGCGUAUGAGCAAGUGAAGAAGUUACGUCGAGAUGUUCCCGUUAUAUCACCCGCUGCAACGCGUGUGGCCGACUACCCGCGCCUCCCACCAGACUCCGUCGACACAUGUGUCCACCCGCCAUCUACAGACACCGGAGCCUGUGCUCCACGCAAAGAAGAAGAUGUAUCCUUCGCCUGCAGACACGUAGAAGCUAAAAAACCUUGCUGCGAUCCCCUAGAGAGAAAGACUGAUCCUACUGCAGUUUUACCCAGAAUGUAG